AUGCCUUCGAAGUCAGCUAAAGGCCCCGCGUUCUAUGCCGUUCACAAGGGAAGGAAAACAGGUGUCUUUCUCACUUGGGAUGAAUGCCUUGAACAAACCAACGGAUAUGCCGGUGCAAAGUUUAAGAAAUUUGUUAAUUCAACGGAAGCGGAACACUUUGUUACCUUUGGCAAUAGUUUAAAGGCUCUGGCUCCCGCCUUUUCGUUUGAUGUAGCAGAAGGUAACAAGGGAAAGAAACGGGCUUUGUCGCUUGACGUCGAAGAUGAGGUGGGAUGGGAUGUUGUUUACAGCGACGGGGCCUGCAAAGGGAACGGAAAAGUGGGAUCUGUUGCUGGCGUCGGUGUGUGGUGGGGACACAAUGACCCACGGAAUAUUGCGGAAAGGUGUCCUGGGGACCAGACAAACAACCGUGCAGAACUCAUAGCUAUCGCUCGCGUCUUGGAAUCGACGCCUAGAUCGAAGAAACCCUUGUUGAUCAAAACAGAUUCUCAAUACUCCAUUAACUGCUUUCAAAACUGGAUUUCAAACUGGUCUCGCAAUGGCUGGGUCAACUCGAGCAAAGAGCCAGUCAAGAAUGCUGGCAUUAUUCGUUAUAUAUCUGCUCUUCUUGAUUUGCGGGCAAAAUCCGGUCAAAAGGUUCGCCUGCAAUAUGUAAAGGGCCACAGUGGUGAUACAGGGAACGAUGGCGCAGAUGCGCAGGCGAAUCAAGGGACGACUCAACCCCCAAGAGGCGAACUUGAUUGGGCCGCGAUGGAAAAAGAGCUGAGGAGGAAGAUUGAGCUGGAAUGGCACGCACAGAAAGUGGAAGAUGCUGUUCCGGUAGAGGUUGUCUCUCUUGAGGACAAUGCGACAGCCAAUAAGGUGCUCCCUAGCUUGAGAAGAAGAACUGUAUCUCCACGUCGGGCUGAAACUCCCUCUCCGCAAAAGAAACAGAAUUCACGUAGGAUUCUCGAGUUGGAGGCCACUCUUGAGUCGCCUGUGCAAUCCCGCCCUUCGUCCUCGCAUGCGCCACAGGCGAUGCAGAUUCAGGAUAACACAGCAAGGUUGUCACCGUCAAAGGCCCCUUUGAGACCCUCAACUGUCGCUCCUCCGGUGCCAGUCAACGAGGAGGAUUUUGAGCUUGAUAGGGGAACCAUGUCUCUACAUGCGGACGAAACCUCCUCCCCAAAGAGGAAAGAGGCAAGCAUGCGCAGGUAUCUCCAGAUGGAGGCCGCUCUCAAGCCUUUUCUGCACUCUCGCUCCUUGUCUUCGCAUGCACCACUCGCGGCGCAGAUCAAGCGAGACGAUGCCGCAACGAUGCCACCGUCCGUGGCCCCUCUGAAAGCGUCAUCUGUCGUCUCUCCUCCGGCGCCAGUGAAGAAAGGGGGCUUUGACCCUGAUAGAAGAACCAUAUCCCCGCGUCCGGUCGAAAUUUCCUCACAGAAAAAAUCGUCGAGCCUCCACAGGAUUCUCGAGACGGAGGCUGCUUUAAAACCUCCUGUGCAAUCCCGUUCCCUGUCUUCGCAUGCACCGAAAGCGACGCAAGACGAUAAGACAAAGUUGCCUCCGUCAAUGACUACAGUGAAAUCCCCAUCCGUCGUUUCUGCUCCGGUGUCAGUGAACAAAGAGGACCUUGAUUUUGACAUGUAUGUAGACUGCCUUUUAGAUGAUGAUGACCUGGCAAACGACUUUUCCGAGUCUGACUGA